GAAAACUGAAAGUACCAAAUACUUGAAGAAAAAAAAGGUUAUUGAGGGUGGUUCAGCAGGGAGCGUCGGGCGUCGGUGCUGCGUAUUAUUUGCAUUAUUUUGAGACUUCGCAGGACAGAAGACAGCGACACAGGCUGGACUCAGACAUGUCAACUAAACCGGAGAAGUGUUAUGACCCUCGCGACACCACACUUAGAUUUACGGAUAAAGAAGAUGAGUUAGACUUUUUGUGCGAAGGGUUCAAGUCUCGAAGGGCCCUGAUGUCCUGUGGACACGCUGUGACCCCGAUGUCUCUGACCAACUGGUGCCGCAGGCAGCUGGACCAGGGUGAACGCAGGUUUGUGUGUGGCCUGAUGGGUUGUGGCGCGGUGUGGCCUUACGCAGAGGUGCGUAAAAUGGCUCUUCUGACCCAGGAAGAAAUGAAGUACUUUGAAAAUGCCAUGGCUUUCAAUGCCCCCAGGAACAAGCCUCCCUCCAAACCAUGUCCUGGAUGCCAGUCUGCUGUGGUGAGAGAGAGCAAAUCCAAUCUGAGCGUCCGCUGCACGGUGUGCUCAGCUAAAAAAGGACGGACCUACGAAUUCUGCUGGCAGUGUCUGAGGGAGUGGAAGGGUCCACGUCCACGGUCAGACCGCUGUGACAACGAUGGCUGCUGUAACGAAUCUCUGAAAACACUGAAAAUCUGUCCAGAGAUCGUCUUUGAGUCUAUUCCAGAGAUCACUGGCUGUCCCUCCAUCCGUGCCUGUCCCACCUGUGGCACACUGUUGCAGCACAGCAAAAAACAUUGUAAAAACAUUGUCUGUCCUCGAUGUAAAGUGGAGUUUUGUUUUGUGUGUCUGAAGCUGACAAGAGAGUGUUUGAGAACAAGUGAUUAUCACGUAAACUGCUCCGGUGGUGUUGCCCCUAGACAGACCUCUAUACCAGCACCAUGUACCGUAAGUGCUGCAGUUCCUUUUGAUUUGUCUUUUUUCUGGUAAUACAAGAGCAUCUCCAUUAUUUAGUGUAAUGGGAAAAUUCACAUUAUUCAAGAUAAUCUCAAGCACAUUGUACUAUGUACUGAAAAACGCCAUCUCAUGAUGUCUUGUAAUCACCUCAUAUGUCAGAAAUAUGUAACCUCUCAGUACUGACUGAGAGGUUACAUAAGCCUCAGAGGACAGGACCAGAUAAGGGGGCCCAAGUCCUUAGUCAUCCUGUAAAGACGCCAUCUUUGUCUCUAUAACCAGGACAGCGUGUAACUAUGACAGAUAAGUUGAGCCACUGACAACUGUAUGAGAAACCUGCAUUCCUCCUGUUCUUUGCUCAUUUGUGUCUCUCAUGUGUGAGGACGCUGUGAGUCUGUUUGCAAACACCUGAAUUAAACUUGCAGAAAGACAAGGUUUGCUGUUGAACUAUA